UUUGUGCUACCAAGCCGCAUCUCGACCAUCAUCACUCAGCACUAUUCCAAUUCGCAUCCACCAGGCAGUGUCGCUACCACGUAUAUGCCGCUCCAUUGAGGGCAUUCCCAAUUUGUCCUUGCUCGCUCUGCUGCCUCCAGCAAGGUAGAUCUGUCUCGUAUUGCGAGUACCUGUCAAACCUUUCAACCCCGCAGUCCCGCAUUGCAUCGAAGCUUAAGCAGGUCAAAGCCUGCUCUCGAACCAGCAUCCUGGACUGCAACACUUCGCAACGAUGUCUUCUGGAUCUCUCAAGGAUCUAUCCAAGUCGAUUGCAGCCUCCGCAUCAAAUCUCACUCUCCCACUUCCCGCCGAGCUCAGGCAGGUCAUAGACGCAUACCUCGAGAAACAUGCAGUCUACGACGAUACAGACUCCCAGCGUCUGCAAGAAGAACUGUUGACAUUCUACCAAUCCUCCAUCCUCGAUCAUCCCACACGUCUUGCGCCUUUCCUUUCAAUUCUUCGAUCCUUAAAGCCAAAUCUCAAAGGAUCUGGCAGGGAGCUACAAUGGUGGGACAGACUUUCGGGGCCUAUCAUUAUAAACUUGGGAGUUGAAAAAGGACUGGCAUUUGAAGCUAGAGACACAUUGCUUGGAAUUCUGAUAUAUGAUGAGGAAGAGGAGGAGCAUCUGAAAGAUGCCAAAGCCAGCAGUGCAGCAGUUGCAGAUAACCUAAUGUCUACCUGGCUGGCAAAAUCGAAAUUGGCAUUGGACGAACUCAACGAGCAUGCAAGGUUUGUCGAGAGCCAGAUUCAAUUGAUCUUGUUGGCAUUCGGAAAGAAGAGGCCAACAGACUUCUUAACAACCAUCAAUAAAUUCUUUGUGCAGAAGGAUAGCCGCAUACUUUCUCUGUCUCUGCUCUGCGAAUUUUUCCGGCAUCAACCUCCGCAUCUGCACCAACUUUUACAAACUCCAUUAUUCGACAAUUUGCUACGAUGCCUCCAAAUCGAUACAUCGACCAGGGUUAUAUCAUUGGCUAUGACAGCUUUGAUCAUGUUCCUGCCACAUAUUCCAAUAUCAUCCUCCAAGCAUCUACCUGCAUUGUUCAACAUUUACAGUCGCAUGCUAUUCUGGGACAAGGAGCGGAAAGCUGCUGAAGUUGUGCCCCAGCCAACUGAUGAUGAUGAGGAGCCAUCUGCAACGGACGACGGAAAACAAUGGGAAAAGCUCUCCUACUUGUUGGAAUCAGAAGAUGAUACUGUACCCGAGCUCCUGCACUAUUUUACGUUUCUGUAUGGCUUGUAUCCCAUCAACUUCAUGAGCUAUAUUCGGAAACCCCAGAGAUACCUUCGACAUGCGAAUUUCCCAGGCGCCGAUGACCUCGAUAUUGAGCCUACGGAGAUCAGACAACGCUCUGAAGGAUUUAGACAAGUUCACUUGAUGCACCCGAAUUUCUUCAUGCUUACACUGGAGACUGAACUCACAGACACACAACGAUGGCAGAAGAGCUCAGCUCCGGAUGUUGUCGCGGAAUGCAUGGCCCUCUAUGUGCCUGGUGAAGUUCAGCACCAUAUUCCGCGAGCGAAGGGAGCAAUAAAGAAGGUGGAGCUGAACACGGACGUCCCAGAGCAUCCACUUCUUGACUCGGAUGCAACGCCGUUUCAGUCGAGACAAAAUAGCUUGCGAGAUACUCGAUCAACUGUAGUGGUAUCACCUGAAGGUUUCCGUUCCUCUUCUGGCCUCCACAGAAAGCUUUCACAAACAUCCCAAUCCUUGCCAUCUGUUGCAGACUCCCCACCGCUGCAACCCUCCGACCGUCAUGAUAGCCCAACUAUCCCACCACAAAUCCUUGGUUCACAUCACAAUCAGCUCUCUGAUAUGCUUGGCUCGCAGAUCUCAACUCGGGGAAGCCUCUACAGAGUCUUUACUAACGAUUCUGAAGCUUCUCUUCCCUUGUCACAGGGUACUGAUGCACUUCACAUGAGCGGUCUGUGGGAUACUCUGACAAGAGAGACGAUUCCCCGCUCCCCCUCUUUGAGACCAACGACUGGCCCUGCCGGUGCCAAAGUUGCGUAUCUCCAGCGUGAAAUCCAACUACUGAAGAACGAUUUGAACUUUGAGCGCUAUCUCAAACAGCAGCACCUGUCUCAUAUUGGCAAAAUACGCAGGCAGCAGAUCAGAGAAGCUAGAGUGGAAGCAGAGACACAGCAUCUGUUCAACUACAAUCGUGGUCUGAAAUCCAAGCUUGUAGAGGCGAAGAGACAGAACGUCCAGAUGAAGAAAGAGACUGAAAAAUCGAAGACUCAUUCGAGAAAGUGGGAAGCCGACCUGACUGCCAAAUUGCGUGUUCUCCGAGAAGAGCAGAGGAAAUGGAAUAUAGAGCGAGAUCAGCUCCUAUCUGACCUCGCCACACAGCGAGAUAGCAACACGAAGUUGAAAAAUAUCACGGUGGAAGCUGAGAGCCGAGCGCUGGAAGCAGAUCAGACCGCUGAUAGUGUGAAAAGUAAUCUCGAGGAGUUCGAGCGCUUGCGAAAGCAAUCUGACGAGAUGUCCAAGAGGAUCAUGCAGUUUGAAGCAGACGCACGAGGAGCUGAAGUUGCCAAGGAGCUUAAAGAAGCUGCCCUCAGCCGUGUCCAUCUCCUGGAAAUGGAGCUUGCUGCAAGAGAUGAGGAGCUCGCGAAGGCGAAAGCUGCAUUUGAGGCGGAGUUAGAGAGUAUCCGGAAUCGAGACCGAGAUGAUGCACGUUCGUUCAGAAGCAACGAGUCGGAGCGAGCUCACCUCUCACAUGUCUUCCUCGACACAACAAUGGCAGCUUCACGACAUCGGAUCAACGAACUCACCAUGUCUCACGGCCAUCUGCUUAAACGAUAUACCCGUCUCCAAGCAUCAUACACUGAGCUUCGGGAACAUGUCGAAGAUCUCCAAGGUGGUGAUGAGCCACUGCUUGGCGGCUCCUACACAUUUUCGAAUAAUUCGCCUACCAAUCGGUUCAAGAGCCGGGGUCAUGCUCGUUCUGAUCCAGAACAGCCUACGAUAUUUGAAGGCGGUCCUAAUGCUCCCUUCCCUGUCCGACCGGCCAGGCUAGAUACCUCGUACCGUCACGGCUCACCAGCUGAUGGUCGAAGUCCCGUCUCAGCGGGUGGAUACCCCGCUCAACACUUCCAAGCGCCGCAGCCGUAUGGACCACCUAGCAUGGCGGGUACAAGGAAGAGCGCUGAGAGCGGUGAAAGUCAAGGGAAUGGUGGAUCCGCGCCGCCGAAAAUCAAGCCGCAGAGUGAUGUUAGGGUGUUUGGUCGUGGUGGAGUUCAAAACAUUGGCAAAAAAGAAAAAGACAAGAAGGACAAAGCGAAGGAGAAAGAAGCAAAAGAUCAGGCGAAAGGUGAAGGUCCUUCUACACCUGAAGCACCGUCGAAGAAAGACAAGAAGCUUGGUGUUGGCAUGAGGGGUAUCAGAGGAUUUGGGAAUAUUUGAUUGGUUCAAAAGGGACAAAGGAGGAAGGAGUAAAUUCUUGGAUUUGUACAGUUUGUAUAUUUUGGUGGCAUUACAGGCGCGGGUAGGGUAGGUUGCAUUUUCGGGUGUGGAAAAAGUGUUUCUGGGAUACGGCGUUCAGGUGUUUUCAUCACGGUGAUGUAUAUUUACUUGGGACUUUCGGAGCAGCCUUAAUCAGCAUCAAAUCUUUGAGCGAUGGUAGUAUAAUUUGGUUGGACACUCAGCUUUCUCAAGAUCAACAUGCUCGAGCUUGUGGAAAGUGAUGCCAGGAGAAACGCUGACUGCAGAAAGGCUAUGAGAGUGAUCAACCAUCAGUACCCGGGGGACUUUCAGCUUUCACUUUAGAUUCAAGGCACAAUCAAUGUAUGACAGCAUAAACAAACCCAACCCAACCGCUAAAAUGCAGU